AUGACCCAAGAAACCAUGAGAGCAAUUAACGUAAUUUCCCAAGGUUUGCAAAGGUCACUUUUAAUGCUGCUGCUCAUGUCAAGCCUGUUCUGGUGGGAGACUGUGGCCUCCCAGUCUAACUACAGUGAUGAGACUGAUCUCUAUCCCAGAAGGAUGCUGUCUAACCCAAAUCUGGUUGAUCGUGCGAUAAUUCUGUCCAACUACAUCCACAUCCUCGCUUCACAGCUCUAUAUGCAGUUUGAAACCCUGUAUGUCCAAGACCCACACUUCUAUCUUAUGCCUAUAAAAAGUUGCCACACAGCUUCCAUCUCUACUCCACAACGAAAGGAAGAGGCCCUGAGGAUGCACGAUAAAGACUUGAUCAACCUGCUGAUCCGCUUGAUGCGCUCCUGGGAUGAUCCGUUGAGCCACCUCAGGACUGAAGCUGUUCGCCUGCCGAAGGUUCCCCCGAGUUUCCUGAGGAACAUUGAAGUGAUCCAAGAGAAAAUGCACCAACUUUUAGAAGGCCUGAAGACCAUCGCCUUACAGACCGAUGUUGAAGUCCUAGACAAGGUGGACUUCUCUUUGUGGUUGGAGAAGGAAUCCCCGCAGUCACCUGAUGAGAAAACUCACCUGUUCACUGUUUGUAACACGCUCCACUGCUUUGUCAUUGAUGCACGAAAGACUGACUUUCUUCUCUUGUUCCUGCAGUGCCAAGCUGCUGAGGAAGACACCUGGUAG